AUGAUCGUGACAUGUAGCAAACCACAAGAAGUUCUAGAACAUAUCUCUGGUAUUCUGUCGACCACACUCCCAGAUGAUGCCAUAUCAGGCGAGCUCGCUGAUCUGGUCGGCUUUGACGACAUCGAAAUUGUCGCAGAAUUGCUCGCCUCUAGAUCUUACUUUGUGAACGUGGUCAUUGUAACUGCCAGCCUUGCUCCACAGGAUGUUCGUCGCCGCAUGGAAGAGACUCUCAGGACAAAUGCGUCUCGUCCUUUGUUUACUGGCGUGGCAGUAGAAGCUCCAGAAGUGCUUCCACAUGUGUACUCUUCGUCCUCUAUGAUGCAAGGCGGUUCGCUUUCUCAAUUUGGUAGCAAGUACGUACUUCCAGUCGGACAUACAAGACAUAACUACGAGGAAUAUGAGGAAGUCAUCCUUCCUCCUUCCAGAGUCAUUCCACCCAGGCAAUCCGAAAGGCUCAUUCUUGUCAAUGAACUUGAUGAAUUAACCAGAGGCUCGUUCCCCGGAUAUUCUUCCCUAAAUCGCAUGCAGUCUAUCAUCUAUCCAACCGCUUAUGAAUCAAACGAAAAUAUACUGGGUAAAACCGAUAUAGCGAUGUUAACAAUCCUUCGGGUUCUCAACCAGCACCGAUCACCCAUCAGUCCAUCAUCACCUUUGCAUGCUUCGAUAGAUCGCAAUGCCUUUCAGAUUAUUUAUGUUGCACCUAUGAAAGCUCUGGCUUCUGAGAUCGUUCGAAAGCUGGGGAAAAGACUAAAGGAUGGAAAUUCUCUCCGAUAUAUGCAUCAAUUAUUAAUUUUCGAUGUAGGUGACAUGCAACUGACAAAAUCUGAAAUCGCCGAAACCCAAGUCAUAGUCACCACACCUGAAAAAUGGGACGUUGUAACUCGAAAGCCCACUGGCGAAGGCGAAUUAGCUUCAAAGUUGAAGCUUUUGAUCAUUGACGAGGUGCAUCUUUUGAAUGAAGAACGUGGGGCCGUCAUCGAAACUAUUGUUGCGCGCACGUUAAGACAGGUCGAAUCAAGCCAAUCUGUCAUUAGAAUAGUUGGGCUCAGUGCAACGUUGCCAAACUAUUUGGAUGUCGCAGAUUUUUUAAACGUGUCCCGAUAUAAAGGACUCUUUUUCUUCGACUCUUCUUUCCGACCGGUACCUUUGGAGCAGCACUUCAUCGGAGUUCGAGGAAAGCCUGGAAGCGUACGGUCUAAAACGAAUCUUGACCGCGUCACAUACGAGAAAGUUUCUGACCUGGUACGACAGGGACACCAAGUAAUGGUGUUCGUUCAUGCGCGGAAAGAAACAGUGAAAGCGGCGCAAGCUUUGAAGGAUGCAGCGACAAUAGAUGGCACAUUGGAGGAUUACAACUGCGAGGAGCAUCCUCAAUGGACAUUUUUCCGAAGGAGCAUAGGAGAUUCUAGGAAUAAGGAGAUGAAGCAACUGUUUGAUCUUGGGUUUGGUAUUCAUCAUGCGGGUAUGCUGCGAUCUGAUCGGAACAUGAUGGAGAGGAUGUUCGAAGCUCGAGCUAUCAAGGUUCUCUGUUGUACAUCGACGCUCGCAUGGGGAGUCAACUUACCUGCUCAUGCAGUUGUAAUCAAAGGCACUCAGUUGUACGACAGCGCAAAGGGAUCCUUUGUCGAUCUCUCGGUUUUGGAUGUAUUGCAAGUGUUUGGUCGUGCUGGCCGGCCUGGUUUCGAGACAAGUGGUGAAGGAUACAUUUGCACUACCGAGGACAAACUCGUACAUUAUCUUGAUGCUGUAACGUCACAGGUACGUAGGUUCAUCUCAGGUAUUGAAAACGCACUGAACGCCGAGAUCGCUCUUGGUACGGUAACAAAUGCCGACGAAGGUGUUCGAUGGCUGGGAUAUACAUAUCUGUAUGUUCGCAUGCGGAAGAAUCCCUUUUUAUAUGGCCAGUUUUUAGAGCCCUGCAUGUCUUGGGGUGAGGUGGCAGAAGAUCCCUUUCUAGGCCAGAAGCGAAGUUCUCUGGUCAUGACAGCAGCUCGAAGACUGGCCAGUGCAGGAAUGAUAAACCUUACUGAAAAGACCGGUGCGUUUUCGAUAACAGACCUCGGCAGGAUAGCGGCCAGGUACUACAUUCGAUAUGCCUCCAUCGAGGUCUUUAACAAGGAGUUCAAACCCAAGAUGACCGAAGCUGAUGCGCUUUCCAUGCUCAGUAUGAGUACGGAGUUCGACCAAAUCCAAGUGAGAGAGUCAGAAGUGAAGGAACUAGAGCUUCUGAUGAAGAAAGUUCCGUGUGCUGUGCGAGGAGGGACAGAUACAAGCCAAGGCAAAGUUAACAUUCUCCUUCAAAGCUGCAUUUCUCGCUUUCCAGUCGAAGAUUUUGCCUUGGUUUCUGACGCAGCAUAUGCGGCGCAGAAUGGAGGACGCAUUUCCCGAGCUCUGUUGGAUAUAGCAAUCAGCCGCAAGUGGGCUAGUGUGGCCAAGGUUUUCAUGGGUAUCACUAAGGCUAUAGAGAAACGCCUUUGGCCAUUCGACGAACCUCUUAGGCAGUUUGAUCUCAAGGCCGAGAUUAUAUACGGCUUAGAGAAUUCAAGAGAAGAGUACUCGCCCGCAGAACUAGCUUCCAUGACUCCAGUAGAGCUGGGUAAACUAGUUCGCUUAAACGAAGGCCAUGGUAAAGCGCUCUGGAAUGCAGCUCGGCAGUUCCCUACGGUCACAAUGACUAGCUCACUUCGACCGUUGGGGUCAAAUGUCCUCAAGAUUGUAGUUUCAGUUACUCGAGACUUCGAUUGGAGCACCAAAAUGCAUGGCUCCGGAGAGCCUUUCUGGCUGUGGGUCGAAGAUCACGAAGGCAUCGAAAUUCUGCAGUUUGCGCACCUUCUAUUACGGGAGUCGACGAACUCCCUCGAUGUGAAUUUCGUGGUUUCGAUACUGACCGACAUUCCUCCCCCCUAUUUCACCGUCAGAUUUGUGUCUGAUAGAUGGAUGGGCGCCGAAGAUGAACUCCAUGUAUCUUUGGAUGGAUUGGUUAUGCCUGCUCCCUCUCAUAGCCAUACGCCCCGUUUGGAUCUCCCAUUUCUCCCGCGUUCCUCACUGUGCCUCCCUGUACUCGAAGAUCUCUACUCAGCCCGACUCCACGAUUUCAAUGCUAUUCAAACGCAAGUGUUUUGGAGUCUCAUUAACACUUCGAUGAACGUGCUGGUAUCUGCUCCCGUUAGUAGUGGCAAGUCCCUCAUGGGGCAUCUAGCGAUAUGGACAACCCUACUCCGCCGUCCGAAGUCCUUGGUGCUUUUCGUUGUCCCAAACCGAACUCUAGCUACUCAAUCUCUUUUUGACUUCCGUGUCAUUUCCAACGCACUUGACGUGACGGUCAAGAUGUCUUCUGGGGAAGGUUUAUUUUCUCCCUGCCGGACCAGCACAAUACGCGUCGUUACGCCGUCGGAGCUGCUCGAGGCUGUUGACCAGCUGUGCGAUAAUUUGGAGCAACUCGAUGCAACCUAUGAACUCAGUAUAUCACUGCUACGACACACAACGCAAAAUAAUCCCACCCGAUAUAUCGGCUUGUCGGCCUCUCUCAAUGACCCCACGGACAUCGCUUCGUGGCUGGGCGUAGAUCCCAUGGCGCUUCAUAGUUUUCGACCCACAGAUCGAGAUCAGUCGCUCACAAUCAUGUAUCAAACUUUCACAAUACCGCAUUCAGCUGCACUGUUCAAGUCCAUGUCGAAACCAGCAUACAUGGCUAUCACAAGCGUACCAUCACAUGAAUCCGCCAUCAUCUUUGUCCCUUCGCGCGGUCAUUGCCGGACGGUGGCGCAAGAGCUCAUCACACAGUGCGCCCUAAACACGGAGAUCGAGAGGGGCUUUCUCCCGCAAUCCGUACCUCCUCUUUACGUUGAAGACUACUCGGCACGGUUGCAAGACCUGACAUUGGUUGAUUUUGUGACACGCGGUGUAGGGAUAUUCCACAGCGGGAUGUCAAAAGUAGAUCGGAAUCUUAUCCUGGAGUCAUUUGCUGAAGGCGUUGUUCGCGUACUCCUGGCGCCUCGCGAUGCUUGCUGGCAGCUGCCUGUCCGGGCGGGAGCCGUAGUGGUCAUGGGUACCCAGUAUAUGCAUUUUGAGGGAGAUGGCUCUGGUCCGCAGCUGCGAGAUUACAGUCUUGUCGAUGUCGUCCAGAUGCAGAGUCGGGCUGUGAGGCACGAUUCCCCUGGCCACUUCUUCCUCUUUUGCCAGGCGGAGACCAGAGACACAUUUUCCAAGUUCCUGGCUGAAGGACUUCCGCUUGAAUCGGAGCUGUUGGAUUCAUCCGUGUUCGAAAAAUGGUACCAGGAAAGGAGAGGAGACGGGUCCAUCAGAAACAAGCAGGAUGCUGUUCAAGCACUCUCCUUCACGCUCCUUGCACGAAGGCUGGUCAGCAACCCGGUGUAUUAUGACAUGGAAGUGGGCUCGCAAAAUGAAGUCCUCUCGCGCAUUGUUGACAGACUUGAAGAACCCGUUCUAUAG